AUGCCUUCAACAAUUCAAGCCGAUGAGGGUAGCAUCGUUGUGGCCAUUGAUAAAGACAAGCACAGCCCCUCUGCUGUCAAAUGGGCGGUUGAUCAUCUCGUCAUAAGCAAUCCAACGCUUGUUUUGGUACAUGUUAGGAUGAAGAACUCACCAAAUCAGGUUGGUGGUAAUGGUGCUGGUCAAAAUUCAAAUCGUGGAUUAAGUGAUCAAGAUACUUAUAAGGUCUUUAUACCUUUCAGGGCUUACUCUGCACGUAAAGGGAUAGCAGUGAAAGAGGUUAUUAUUGAGGAUAUUUCAGUGUCUAAGGGACUUCUAGACUAUAUCAACAAUUAUCAUGCCACCAACAUCGUUCUUGGUGCAUCAUCAAGAAGUGCUUUUUCCAGGAAAUUUUGGACUCAUGAUGUGCCAACUAUCGUUAACAAGGCUGCACCAGAUUAUUGUACUGUAUACGUGAUUUCAAAAGGCAAGCAACAAUCCGUCAGACCAGCAGCUAAACCUCUUGCAAGUUCUUCAGCAAGGCUACCAUCUUCCCAACCAUGGUCAGCAGCUAGGCUAAGUAAUUACUCUGAACCAGAAGAUAUAUCCAGGUCAGCAUAUAUGAGGGCAGAGAAAAAUAGUUUUGGACCUGAGAUGAUGCCUAAAAGUGGAAUAUCUAAUGCAUCAAUGGACAGUCUUGAUUUUAAUACUAGAGAGCCAAAGAAUUCAUAUACCCGGAGUUGUCCGUCCGAUGAUACUGGUCUAUUUGGACCUCUUAGCCGUGGAUCAGUGGAUGCCACAACCCAAAAUCUUGACUUCACUCAAGUUUCAGUAAAUGACAAUUGUAGCUCCUCGUCUGCGUGGGAGUCUGAGAUGAGCCGAUUAAAACUAGAGCUAAGGCAAACCAUGGAUAUGUACAACUCAGCUUGCAAAGAAGCUGUCUCGGCAAACCAAACGGUACUAACUGCUAAAGAGCUUCAUCAAUGGAAAGUGGAAGAAGCUAGUAGGUUCAAACAAGCCCGUAUUUCUGAAGAGGCAGCUCUUGCUAUGGCUGAGAUGGAAAAAGCUAAGGGCAGAGCAGCCGUUGAAGCUGCUCAAAAAUCACAAAGGUUGGCUGAGAUAGAAGCGAAAAGAAGAAAGUAUGCGGAGUUGAAGGCCAAGCGAGAGACAGAAGAAAAGAAUCUAGCAUUAAAUGAUCUGUCUCGGAAUGAUAUCUGCUAUAGGAAAUAUACAAUAGAAGAGAUUGAGAUAACCACCAAAAGUUUCUCAAAUUCAGAGAAGAUAGGUGAAGGUGGAUAUGGCCCUGUUUACAAAGGGAGACUUGAUCAUACACCCGUUGCCAUUAAAGUUCUGAGAUCCGAUGCUGCACAAGGGAUGCAACAGUUCAAGCAAGAGGUUCAAGUCCUUGGUCUCAUGAGGCACCCAAAUAUGGUGCUACUCUUAGGUGCAUGUCCCGAGUACGGAUGUUUAGUUUAUGAAUUCAUGAAUAAUGGUAGCCUGGAAGAUCGCCUAUUCCGGAAAGGUAACACUCCUCCAAUCCCAUGGGAAAUACGGUUCAAAAUCGCUGCUGAGAUUGCUACAGGGCUUUUAUUCCUACACCAAGCAAAGCCAGAACCUCUUGUCCAUCGUGAUCUUAAGCCAGGAAACAUUCUUUUAGACAGCAAUUAUGCCUGCAAAAUUAGUGAUGUUGGCUUGGCUAGGUUAGUUCCACCAUCUGUUGCUGAUUGUGUUACACAAUAUCACAUGACUUCAGCUGCAGGAACUUUUUGUUACAUUGAUCCCGAAUAUCAACAAACAGGAAAGUUAGGGACUAAAUCGGAUAUAUAUUCACUUGGUGUAAUGUUGCUCCAAAUUAUAACUGCAAGGCCCCCGAUGGGUUUAACUCAUCACGUGGAGAGGGCCAUUGAGAACGGAACAUUUGCAGAUAUACUAGAUCCAACAGUGCCAAACUGGCCGUUGGAAGAGGCACUUAACUAUGCAAAAUUGUCACUCAAGUGUGCUGAGCUGCGGAAGAAAGAUCGACCUGAUCUUGGUUCGGUGAUAUUGCCAGAGCUUAAUAGGCUUAAAGAACUUGGAAUAAGUUGCAUGCCAAGUCCAGGUAACAGUCUUAACACUAUUUGAUUUUCUUGAAUGAUUUAAAGGAUCCAAACAUUGAUCGUCAACCAGGUUGCUGGACUGGUGCCUCAUCAUAAACAACAGUGGAUCAAGUACAAUUAUACAUUUCUUCUCCUUUUCUUGCAAAUCUUACUGCAGUGUAAUGAAAACAAUUUAUCAUAUUACCUUUGAAUGGUUGAUUAACUUGUUGAAAUGUGAUAUCAUACAAUUACACAUGUAAAUUCAAUGCGUAGGCGAUCGUUUGUAAUAUAUAACCCAACUAAGAGUUGGGGCCGAA